UUUAUUGAUCAGCUGUCCUGCAGGCCUGUCUGACAGGCAGCAGUCAGAUUCAGUCUGGAUAUGGCGUCGCUGCACCGACACAGGAGGAAUUUUUACCUCUCCGUGGGAAUUUCCCAGUCGCGUACCAGGACGGCACUUCUUGGUUUUUGUCGCUGUUAAUAUAGACCAUACAUGGCGAUGGAGGACGAGGAUAAUAAUACAGCGGUCGUGGCGACUAACACCCAAACGGGCAUCAAGAAAGGAGAUAACGGGGCUUGCAUAGACAGGCAGCCGGACACGGUGGUCCACCGAGCGGGGCUGAAUCAGACUGCAGGUCGCGGUAGCCGCAGUGGUCCCGGAGCUCAUGCUACAACGGGGAUACGAGUGCUAAAGCGCAAUAUGAAGCGAAAUGGGAGUCGUGGCUGCGUGACAAGAAAGACCAGAUUUGGAUCACGAGAGCGGGACUGGCUCAAGGGGGACACCCAGCGGGGCUGUGUGUGUCUGUAUGGGGGGACAGUAGACCCCCAGUUACCUGCCUCUGGCCCCCAGGCCACCUCCACCCCUCAGACAGACUUGCAGUUGGUGCUCUGCUCCACCAGCACCACCGUGGAAGAGCUGUGUGCCCAGAGGGAUGGAAAGGGACUCUAUGCUCAGCUGCAUGGAGACCUAGUCAGGAGGCUGGACCCCACUGAGCGACCUCUCCAGAUGGUGUAUGACUAUCUGGCAGCUAUGGGCUAUGCAGACCCUGUGCGAGUGCAGCAAGAGGCAGCCAACUCAGACCUCAGCUGCUUGAUCCGCUUCUACAGUGAACGUCCAGGGAACGCGGACCAGCAGGAACGGACCCUGCUGACAGGCGUAUUUAGCGUCAGGAAAGGCAAGACGCAGCUGCACAAGUGGGCGGAGCGGCAGGUCAUUCUGUGCGGCACCUGUCUAAUCGUGGCCUCCGUCAAAGACAGCCUGACUGGGAAGAUGCACAUCCUGCCUCUGGUGGGGGGAAAGGUGGAGGAGGUGAAGCGGAGGCAACACUGUCUGAUGUUCAGCUCAGCCGGAUCACAGGCCCAGACAUACUUUGUCAACUUUGACACACUCGCGGACUACCAGCGAUGGCAUCGGCAGGCAUCAAAAGUGGUGUCUCAGACAGUGAGCCUGGUGGACCUGUCCUGCUACAGUCUGGAAACGGUGCCAGAAUAUCUGUUUUACAGCCAGGAUAUCACUCACCUCAACCUGCGACACAACUUCAUGAGCCUACAGGGGCCUGGAGGCCUGCUCCACCUCCCCAGGUUUUCCCAGCUGAAGAGCUUGAACUUGUCUCACAAUCGUCUGGGUGUGUUCCCUGAAUGUAUGUGUGAGAUUCUCACUCUGACUGAGCUCAACCUCUCCUGUAAUAGUCUCCACACCGUCCCCGUGCAGAUCGGCAAUCUUCAAAGCCUGCAGACGCUGUCUUUGGAUGGAAACCACCUCAGCUCCCUGCCUGAGGAGCUGGGUGGCCUGUCCCAGCUCAACAGUCUAGGGCUCUCCUUCAACAACUUCACUCACAUCCCUGCUGUGCUGGAGAGAUUGAGUGCAUUGGACAAGCUGGCCAUGGCUGGAAACAGAGUGGAGAGUCUGGAGUUGUGUACUCUGGCCAGAAUGAGCCAUCUGAAAAACAUCGACCUCCGGCUGAAUGGGCUUCGCUGUGUGAAGAGUGAGACUCGAGAGGCAGUGAACCAGGUGACCCAGCUGGACUUAAGGGACAAUUGCUUGGACACACUGGACCUGAGCUGCAUCUGCAACCUGGAGACUCUUCACUGCCAGCGCAACCAGCUGGGGUCACUCACAGUCAGCGGUUUCACACUGCGCAUGCUUCACGCCAGCAGCAACCGCCUUACUACAGUCAACAUCUAUCCAGUCCCUAACCAGCUGACACACAUGGACUUAUCACAGAACCUUUUGGAGUACCUUCCGGACUGGGUGUGUGACUGCAGAAAGAUUGAGAUGCUGGACGUGACGCACAACCUCCUGUCUGAGCUUCCCUCCAGACUGCUCAACAGCUUGAGUUUGAGAAAGCUGCUGGCAGGGAACAAUCAUUUGCAGAGAGUGCCUGACCUACUUGACCACGUCCCUCUGGAAGCCCUAGACCUCCAGCACAACAAGCUAGUCGAGCUGCCUGAGAGUCUCUUUUACAAGGCCUUAAACCUAAAAUACUUAAAUGUGUCAGCCAAUGCCCUGGAAAGUAUUCCUCCCAGCAGCCAAUCAGAGGAGAGCCUCAGCACACUGCAGGAGCUUUACCUGACGAGGAACAACCUAAAUGAGAACUGUGGUGCUCUGUUGGUGGGACACCAGAACCUGCGGGUGCUUCACAUCGCCUACAACCAGCUGCUCUCCUUUCCCGCCAGUAAACUGAGUAAGCUAGAACUGCUGGAGGAGCUUAAUCUAAGUGGGAACAAGCUUAAGACUAUCCCCUCCACUGUGUCCAGCUGUAAGAGACUGCAUACCCUCAUAGCACACUCCAACCACAUUACUGUCUUCCCAGAGAUCCUCAAUCUGCCCGAGAUCAAGCUCGUAGAUCUAAGCUGUAAUGAGCUGACUGAGAUCCAGCUGCCAGACUCGCUGCCUGCCACUUUGCAAGAGCUGGACCUGACAGGCAACAACAGCCUGAUGCUAGAACACAAAACUCUCAACCUCUUCAGUCACAUCACCACCCUUAAAUUAGACCAGAAAUCCACCACGUCAGCAGGAGACUCCCUGAGCACCUCUACUCCAUGGAACCACAGUUACUCUGAAAUGAGCGGCCAAAGGAACAAGUUGUGUGUGUCUGUGCUGGCCGUAGACCGGUUUGGAGACAGCAUGGAAGCGUGUUACGGUAUCUUUGAUGGAGACCGCAAUGAGGAGGUGCCCCGGCUGCUGCAGUGCACCAUGGGAGAUGUGCUGUGUGAGGAAGUGCAGCACUCUAGUAUUGACAAUGUGUAUAUGAGCAACACUUUCCUAACAUCACACAGGAAACUAGGUAUGGCUGGACAGAAACUGGGUGCCUCUGCCUUGCUGUGUUAUAUCCACCAUGAGCCCUCAGAGCCUGGAGGCUACCUGAGCCUCACUGUGGCCAACGUGGGUACCUGCCAGGCAGUGCUAUGCCGGAACAGCCGACCUGUACCUCUCUCUAAAGUUUACAGCUUGGAGAACUGCACUGAGGAGAUGGAGAGAGUUAAACUUAGUAAAGCCAUUAUUACCGAGGAUAACAAAGUAAGUGGAGUGACAUGCUGCUCUCGCCUGCUGGGCUGCUCUUAUCUGUCUCCCUGGGUGCUUCCAAAGCCCUGGGUCCACACUGAGCCCCUCUGUUCCCAGGAUGAGUUCUUGAUCUUGGGGAAUCGAGCGCUGUUUGAACGGGUCUCCUACCAGGAGGCUGUGUGCACUGUGCAGGCUGUGCGGGAUCCACGCGCCGCAGCUAAGAAGCUUUGCUCACUCGCCCAGAGCUACGGCUGCAAGGACAACAUCGGGGCUUUGGUGGUGUCCCUGCACAUUAGUGAGGACAGCUGUACCUGUGAUCCGCCGGUCUCCACCACUGAAACCCGGGGUCCUCUCCCAGCGCCUUUGCCUGUGUCUGUGACCCCAGGCUCCAAUGACACAGCCAUGCUGUCAUCCAGUAGUGGUAUUGUCUCUGAGUUCAACAGUGAGACAUCAGCGUCAGAGGUAGGCAGCGAGGCGGGGUCCACUGCCUCUGACGAGCACCCAUCGUCGGGACCUGGCUCUCGCCCAGAGAGACGGUGUAGCGUGCACCCCGCUACUGCACUGUGUGGGAUCAUGGUGCCAGGCUCAGCUGGGCCAGGAACCCACCCAGGUCUGUUCCAGCGGCAGCCCUCCUGUGCCACGUUCUCAAGCAACCAGUCUGACAACGGCUUGGACAGUGAUGAUGAAGCACCACUCGAGGGUGUGAUCUCCAAUGGCAGCAAGUUAGAAGUGGAGGUAGACAUUCACUGCUGUGCUUUCCAGCUACGGUCAGGGGCCCCUGAGAGCCCCAAAGACCUGGAUCUUGAAAAGCGAGGCUCUGACUAUCCCAACGGCAAAAUGCGCAGGCAGAACACCGUGGUGGUAUCUGCGACAAACGGCUGCCUGCUGGCUGUUUGUGGGAGAGAGAUUGCCGAUCUUAAGAAGUCACCUUCCACAUCUAGCCUGUUUGGAAAGAAGCUGUGCAAUGGCUCUGUGGUGGCCCCUGAGGAUAGUCAUAAUCUCAUUGAGGUGGCCCUGGAGGCUCCCAAGAAGAAAUCUGGCUACUUCACUGCCCCAGCACAGCAGGACCCCGAGGACCAGCUGAUUGUGCCUCCUUGUCUGGAGCAGGAAGUCAGGGAGCAGCUAAGAGGCCAGAGCCCUCUAGUCUCAGGCCCCUGCGCACCAUCCACACCCCCUUCCUUAAAAGACCCGGUGUGGGAUCAUCCACACCCUCCUGCCUUUGCCCCCAACCUGGUCCCAGGUCCAGGGCCGACUCCCAUCUUACAGCAGGAAGUCUACGAUACUGCCCUCUAGAAGGGUGACACAGCAUAUUGCCAUGUGGCUGCAAUUCUGUGAUCGUGCCAUUCCAGGGAGGUAGAGGAGAUUUUUCUCAUACAUGUGGGAUAUUCCAAUUCAAGUUGCCAUUCAGAUCUUUUGUGAAGACAAGACAAACAUCUGGGACAUUGAUAGUCACAAGGUGAUGCUGUGCCAUUAAUGUGAGAGUAAAAAAAAGGGUUUAUGUGCAACAAUUUGGGUAUCCAAGAAAAGAAGGCAACCAAGAUCCCAGAUCAUGACAUAAUGUGAAAAGGAAAGCUGACUAUCAUAGACCAAAACAAGCCUGACCUGAAAUGGGAUACCUCAUGUGUUUAAACAUGUCAGCAACAUUUCCCUUUACUUGGAAAGUCAAGCAAUCUAGAUGGUGUGUGCGGGAUCGUCUUCAGUGAGGUCAAAUCUCCUCUCCAGGGGCUCCAUGGUCUCUCAGGUCCUGGAGAGAAGCCCUGUGACUGAAACUUGAAAAAGUGCCUACUGCAGAUAGCCUGGUGCUCCCGUACACCCUGGCUGUGUUUGAGGAUAGAGUUCAUUGUUUAAAUUUGGAGGAGGGACAGUGUCUCCAAGAGACCAACACUGGCACAGCUACUGCUACCCUCCUCCUCCUGUGGCUUAUAAAAGGAAAAUCCAACAAUAUAAAUGCUAGUAAGUCACAUAGGACUAAAAUAUGUGAAGACAAAAUAAUUUACAUUGCCAGAAAACUUAUGCUUGGGUUUUAUUUUAUUAACAUUCCCACUUAAUGUGUAUAGAAUCUCCUCUAUAGAAUAAAUAAAUUCUAUAAAGCAUAACACACACUCACAACUAGCAGGUUUGACCUGGUGUGCUUGAGCUUAUGACAUCAAGAUUGAAAAAUAUUGCUAUUUAGAUCAAUGCACUUUGAAUAGCUGUCAAAAAUAACAAUAUCAAAGUCAUUCAACUGUACAGAGCUGACAUGGUGUAGAAUUCAAAAAUCCUUAUAACGCUAUAAUCUGUGACAGUGCAUGAUCGAAUGAUCUCCUUACAAACUACAUAGGAAAACAAAAGUUUCAUUUAAAUCUAGUCAGUUUUAUGGUCAUUGGAGAGUGGACUGGAGAUCCCAGGAUGUUUGGAUAUAAUUUGGAUAUAAUAUAAUUCAAUGUCAUCUGAACAAACCAGUCUAUCAAGGCACAAAAGUGAAUUAUUACAUGGUGUUCUGUCAAGACAUGAAGGAUAGAUGCAGUAUUUUAUGUACUAUGUGUUAUGAAAUAUCUCCCCUAGUACUAAGAUUGUACAAUUUAAUAUAUCCAAACUUUUGAGGCUGUUACCAUUAAAUUUUUUUUCAUCCAUCCAUGUCCUUACAGGCAAAUUCAGUCUCUGACAUUUUUACAUCACAUUAAAUCUUUUUUUCACAUCCAGAUGAUUUUCAGGGUGUCUCACAGGUUAUUUUGGCCCAUUAUAAAAAGGAUGGAUUCCCUUUUGUAUUGCUUUCUAUGAGAUCGAAUCUGUGCCCAAAAUGGUGUCACAAAGUUUGUUGGCAGAACCCACAGUUUGACAAGUAGACAUGCUAUUUUUAAUAAACAUUAGUUUGCAGAAAAAUUGGGACAAAGCAACUAAUUGUGUCCCCUUAUAAGAUGAUAUUGCUGUCUUUCACUCGCACAUAUUUCAUACAUGCCUUUUUCUGAUUAGGGGGAAAUGCUUCUCUAAGGAUUCAGCUCACAUGGUUAAUAAAAAAGUUAUUCAGUGCAGCAGCACUAUGAGGUACUGUAAUAUGAAUGCACUGCAGCAGGAUAUGUUCCUUCCUUUAACAGUGUGUAUUUUUCCUCUAUUUGGUCCCAUGCAGUGCUUCAAUAGUUGGUGCCAUCCAUCAUUCCCUAUCAGUUUUCUCUUGAAAUGUGUGGGAACAAUCAUUCAGUUUAACGUAUGUUGUCAAAUUACAUUUUAAAAAAAUAUUAUUUGAAUUAUCAGGUAAAUAUUAUGCAGCCCUGAAAACCUCAGUUCACCCAUUCCUGAACCUCCCCCACCUUGUGCCAAAAGAGUAAGCAGCUCUGCUGGGGCUGCCGUGGUUGUAAGAAGGCCAAAGUUGGGUAAUUGCUCAUGUCAGUGAUUACUACAUUAGAUGUAUAUUUUUGUUUUCCACUCCAAAGUCGGUAGUGGUGCAGUUUUGGCAUUCCACAGCUGUUGCAUAGCUGGACCUUUCAGUGUUCCCUUUUAGCCUUAAAGCAUCACCAUUCAGUAUUUUUGAAAGGAGGAGCCAUUUGUUUAAUCCCACUCAUGCCGUUUGUGACUGAGGUCUUUAGCACCCAGGGUGUUGUUUAUUAAAGCAACCCUUCUGUCCUUACUUUGCUCCACAGGAAUGAGUGAAAAGUCGGUGAUGAAGCCUUAAUUGAUGUAUGAGUCUGAACCUUCUUGUGUUUUUUUGCGUCUUUUGGUUAUUUGGAUUUAACACUGUUAAAGCACUUUGUACAUAGAGAAUAAGGCUACUCAGAGUUAUGUAUAUUUGAGUUUAAUAUAUGUGGUUUUGAUCAACAUAGUGUGCUUGGAUUAUUGUGGCUCCCCUCAGCCCAACAUAUCACCUCUUAUCUAAGAAUACAUAGCCAACAGAUGUGAUAAUAAUGUAAGUCACAUAACAACGUGACAUAACAUUCACUUUUUGGUGUGUUUGUAAUAUGACAAGUAGUUCUUAUUUAUGAGAGAUUUGUCUUUGCUUUCAGUUACUUCUGAAUUUGUCUCAACUUAUAAUUCAAUUUUCAACAUCAGCACCACAAACAGCAUAAUAUGCAUUCUCAACUCCUAAUAACAGUAUCUGUCCAACAUUGUUCUCAUAGAUAUAUAUAUAUAUAUCUUACUAUAUAGUACAAUGUUGUACAUACAGUAUAUAUGCCCCCUCCUGGCUGGAAAAGAGGAAGUUCAGUUGUGCAUUUUUUUUUUCAUUUUCAUGUAUUCCUUACUUUGCUUAUUUAAAAUUUAGACACUAAUUUCAACUUUUUGAUUUUUUUCUUUCAAAUUAAGAACAGGAAAUAUUUGAUAAGGCUGAUAAAUUGUUUCCAGUCACAUUAUUGAUUUGACGGCACAAUGUCUGAGAUAGAAAAGGGAAAGCUUCCCUUUGACUCUGGCUAUAACCAGACCUGCACCAUCAGAAACCACAUUGUGUGUCAGACAGUCAUCCUGACAGAUAGCAGUGAAACAUAAACAGCACUGCACAUGAGAGCAUGUACCUGCCACAGGAAGAGCUAGAGAAGCUUUAAGACAGAUUCUGAUUGUGAAGAAUAUGGUACACAUCUGAAAGAAGUUUGAAAAGUGCUUCUUUUUUGCAAGUUAGGAGAGGAGAAACAGACUUUUCCACAAGGUUUACUAAGAAAUUGUAUUCACAAUAGAGGUUGGGGAAUUCCUUCAUUUAAAUAUGCAAAGUGUCAUCUUUAUAUAUAUCUAUGUACAGUACAUCAGAGCAUCAUUUUCCAUCACCUAAAACUACAAGAGUAAUUUUUCUCAAAAUGUCUGAAAAUGAAUAUUGACUUUUGUGUGUAUGUGUGUGAGAUGUGUGUUAUUGGGAUUGUGUGUGCAAGUUGCAUCACUGUUUUGGUAUUUUGUGAGUGUCCUUUCCUUUGGCUUAUUUUUAGUGCUGCUUUAACUAUUUGGUCCCAGUUUGCCAAGUCAGACUUGGACCGCAUUGCACUGUAACAUGUAGUGCUCUUCAAAACCAUCUGUUUUUUAUACAGUUGUACAUUCACUGUACAUUCAUUCUGUCUGUCUCUUGGUCAACACCAUAUAUUCACCCACUAUCCAGUCCACAUUUUCAACAUGAAAUAUGUUUGUAUAAUGAUUCAUGUAUCAGUAGACUAAUCAGUGUGCGUGUACAUAAGCCUACUGUAUGUGUAGAUACAGGAAGAGGGAGCAGAGGGUACAGUAGAGUACAAUGCAUUGGUUAGAAAUAUUCCCUUUAAUUCUUUAGUGGAGGGGGUCCAGUAGAGGGUAUGUGCAUAUGAGUAGGCUACUGUGUCAGUGCUUUUUUUAAGCUGCUGAUUCAUUUAAGUGUAAGUCCUUUCCUCUCUGCACAACUUAACAAGCUCCCUGUACAACUAUGUUGCAAAAUGUCUGUGUUUGUGUGUAUGUAAAAAUGAAGCUAAAGUGCACAUGUGCAGUAAGUGUAUGCAUGCCCUUGUGAGUAAUGGAUGGACUGUAAUCCCGCGUGAAUACGGUGAAUGAACCUGAUCAAAGAUUCUCCAGUUGUUUAACAUGUGACCAAAGUAGCCAGUUGUUUAAUCUCACGGUUCCUUCCUGUACAUUAUUUUCUAGAAAUGCUUGAAUAUUUUUUUUCUUGACACCAAGAAGCUGAUGUUUAUUUUUGUACUUCAUUGUUUCAUGCAAAUUUCUAUUUCCCUCUCCACUACAGAAUUUAAAGUGAUUGGGAUUCUACAGAAAACUGUCACUCAAUACGGUACUUUAUUUUAAGGUACAAAUUAUAACUGUAUUUAAUGUUCAAAGCAUGCCCUAAAUAUAAAUCAAGAUAAAAGCAUAGAAUACACACAAAAUGUGAUUUAUUUGUACAAAAAUGGAGCAUAUCGAAGAUUUUUAGGUUUUUAUUCAAGCAUGCAGAUUGCUGCUAAAAUUUAGUUUUGUGUUUGAUAAUUAGAGAAGAGAGAUUAUUUAGGAACAAGACUAACAAUGCGCACUUUUGCUGUUUGUCAGACAGAAUUGUACUCCUGUGAACUUUGAGGGUGGAAGAUGGUCAUUAUUUUAUUUAAAAUGCUGCUAUCAUUAGUUUCGAGCAGAUGAGCUGUUUUUUUAAAUUAACUUUAAGCCAAGUAGCAAUAAAACUUUUUACUGUGAA